AUGAAUCACCUCACCACUCUCCUGGCACUAUUGCUGCUCAUCACAUCCAGUAUCGCAGCUUCGCCACCUAGCUUCUGCAAAUGCACUUGCUUCACCAAUAGCACCAUAAUCCCGCUCUCGUCCCACACAUCCACCAACCCAUCCCUCCUCAGAAAGCACCCACAGGGCAACCCACCUGUUCUCAAUACCCGCGCCACAUCCGCCAGCUGCCUGACCUGUAACAAAGCCUUCUGCCUCUCGCAGCGUCUGCCUAUCUGCAAAGACGCUGAGGAGAAAGACGUGCUCACUACGUGCUUCCAGCGCGAUAGCAGGAAGGAUCAGAUUGUGGUCCUUACGUUCAUUGCGGGCACGCUGGGCCUACUGGGAUGGGCGGCGGUGAGGAAGGUGUUGGAGGGGAGGAAGAGUGAGGGUGUGAGGAUCGGUGAUGGAAACACGGCGUCGGCGGGGACUUAUGCGCCUGUUGGACGGUAG